AUGACGGACCGAUUCGACGACGUCACGGGCGAAGCCCUCACCGAUGACGCGCGCGAGCUCGUUCGAAGAUUCACCGCCACCGCCGACGCGGACGCGCCGACGACCACCGCCGUCUCGCUCGACGUCGUUCCUCGCGUCGUCGUCCACCCCGGCAAGAACAAGUUUGUUUUGUGCGUCUUGCGCGCCGGAGACGUCACCCGCGAGGUCUUGCGCGCGCUCUCCGGGUGCGAGUAUCACGCCGACGUCGCGCGCGAGCUCGAGCGCGAGUGUCGGGGCAUCGCGACCGUGCGCGUGAUCGGCGGCGGGAGAAUAAUCAGAGACGACCGCGGCGAGACGGGUGACAUUCGCGUCUACGGGUACAGCAAAACCUUCGGGCGCGUGCCUGGGUGUAACGAGCGCGCGGCGAGAAUGAUCACCGACGACACGAGCGAGUUCGCGUCGUACGCGGUGUCGUGGUCCGAUGACGGGUAUUAG